AUGACGGAGUCGGCAAUCGAAGAAACUAAGCAAACGCUAGUGCAGCGCUUUCGAACUUGGGGUGAAAACUCAUUUCCGCCGACCCUCCUCGCUGCCCUCAUCACCGCGCAACAUGCGCGUCCCUUCCAAUUCUUCCCCAUGCUCUUUCCACCCGUCUUGCUCUUCACGAGUUAUGCGAACCUCCAGGGCUUCAAGACAGACACUGCUGGAAUCAGCGCUGCGUGGUCAGGACUGUACUUGCUCCUGGCUAGCCGGCGGCGCCAGCCAUUGAUGAAGAAAUUCGGAGCUCGCGGAAUUGUCCGGGGCGGCACUAUGGCCCUCUGUUUGGUGAACAUGAUCGGGGGUGGACUGGCUUACACUCUUGGAAAGAGAGAGGAGGAGGAAGAAUGA